UAUUGUGUUUAUCUUGAGCUGCAGUGUUGUGUCGUGAAUGGAUACAGCAGCGGUGUCGUUAACUAUUAUUACUCCUGUGUUGGACAUGGACUGGAAAACAUCUUAGUCUCUUAAUAUUAGUCAACUGCGGACAAAUGCAAAGAUGAAUAAAGGCUGGCUGGAGCUCGAGAGUGACCCAGGACUGUUCACUCUGCUGGUCGAAGAUUUUGGAGUCAAAGGAGUCCAAGUAGAGGAAAUAUAUGACCUGCAAAGCAAAUGUCAAAGCCCUGUCUAUGGCUUCAUCUUCCUGUUCAAGUGGAUUGAGGAACGUCGAUCCAGGAGGAAAGUUAACACUUUGGUGGAUGAAACCUCUGUCAUUGAUGAGGAAAUUGUAAAUGAUAUGUUCUUUGCUCACCAGCUGAUACCAAAUUCAUGUGCUACCCAUGCCUUGCUGAGUGUGCUUCUGAACUGCAGUGGCGUUGAGCUCGGCACCACUCUUAGUCGCAUGAAGGCUUUCACAAAAGGCUUUAGUCCAGAGAGUAAAGGUUAUGCAAUAGGAAAUGCCCCCGAGCUUGCCAGAGCACAUAACAGCCAUGCCAGACCGGAGCCCAGACACCUGCCAGAGAAACAGAAUGGGAUCAGUGCAGUACGCACCAUGGAAGCCUUUCACUUUGUCAGCUAUGUGCCCAUCAAAGACCGCCUCUUUGAGCUCGAUGGACUCAAGGCUUACCCCAUUGACCACGGGCCCUGGGGAGAGGAGGAGGAAUGGACUGAUAAAGCUCGGCGAGUUAUCAUGGAGAGGAUUGGACUGGCCACUGCUGGUGAGCCGUACCAUGACAUCCGCUUCAACCUGAUGGCAGUGGUGCCUGACCGCAGGAUGAAGUACGAGUCCAAACUGGAAAUUUUGAAGAGGAAUCGACAGACAGUUCUGGAGGGUCUACAGAAGAUGAUCCGGCUCACCCAACCUGAGCUGGUCCAUGACAAGAAGCAGCAGGACUCUUCCUCUCCUGGCGAUAGCACCGCUACAAUCAAGAAGGAGGCAGAUGUGGAGCCAGUUACAUCACAAGGGGCUGAUCAGGCUUCUUCAGAUUCAGUGGACGAGUCAGGAGGUCAGUCUAAAGAUGCCCCAAGUCGUUCAGGAAACACUAAGGUCAUGGGAAAACCACCAGUCCCUGCAGGAGGAGGCUCCCAGCAAGUCACCAGUCCCAACCCUAUUGUUCAACGCCUGCCUGCCUUCCUAGACAACCACAACUAUGCUAAAUCUCCAAUGCAGGAAGAGGAGGAUCUAGCUGCUGGAGCUGGUCGCUCUCGGAUACCGGGCCCUCCCAAACCACCGUAUUCUGAUGACGAAGAUGACUAUGAGGAUGAGGAUGAGGAAGUAACUGGAUCUGCAGGCACAUCAAACAGAUUUAGGCGGAAGGCCAGCCUACGUUCACGAACAGGACGUGUUGGGACUGGAAUGGAAAGCCAGAUUGCCCUGAGUGUCCUGGCUGAGAAACUGAAAAAGGAGGUCCAAAGGAAAGAUGCCCUAAACACACCUCUUUCAGUACGCACAGAGGGCCGCACCGGGGGCAUCUGUAUCACAUCUGCUUCACAGCCUUCCCCCACACCCAGCAACGAAAGUACCGACACAGCUUCUGAGAUCGGCAGUGCCUUCAACUCCCCGCUGCGCUCGCCUGCACGCUCCCAGGCCGCCACGCGCCCGUCCAGUCCAGUGGCUUCCCAUCUGUCUCGUGUGCUGUUUGGAGAAGAUGAGAUGCUGAGGCUAGACUCCAGACAUAACCGUGCUGUAAGAGAACUGGGUCCCUCUGUCAGCAUGGCCUUGCUACAUCUGCAGGAGGACGGAGUCAUCUAUGCUCUUCCUCCAUCUGCAGAUUUAGCUGCUGAUGGCACCAAGCAGCCUUCCACUCCUGAGAAGAUAAAAGACAAAGAGCAAGCAGGCCUCAAAGCACCAAAGGAAGAAGUAAACAAGGGAGAUGAGGGACCAUCAGUAGAGGUGAAAGAAGAGGAGAGCAAAGAUGGAGCAGAGGUGAAACCCAGUAAGGAAAAGCUUAACGCUACGGAAACUGCUACGGACAGCAAGCCCCCUGGGGAUAAGUACUCACCCAAAGAGCUGCUUGCACUGCUCAAGUGCGUCGAGGCAGACAUUGCCAAUUAUGAGGUGUAUCUAAAGGAGGAAGUAGAAAAGAGAAAGAAAUACAAAAUUGAUGAUCAGAGGAGGACCCAUAAUUAUGAUGAGUUCAUCUGCACCUUUAUAUCAAUGCUGGCCCAGGAAGGCAUGCUGGCCAGCCUCGUGGAGCAAAACAUUUCAGUGCGUCGUCGGCAGGGAGUGAGCAUCGGCCGCUUGCACAAACAGAGGAAGCCUGAUCGCAGGAAACGCUCAAGACCUUACAAGGCCAAACGCCAGUGAUUAUAAACAAUCAUAACUCCUGUGAGCACCAAGCAAUCAAAGUAAAGAAACUGCUGCACUCCUGAAACUCUCUCAUACAGGCAGUUUAAUGUUGUAUUUUAGCCAGAGCCUCCUCUUCUUCAUGAAACUGACUCUGUUUGGUCAGUUUUUUUUUUUAUUAUCACAUAUGUAUAUAUGUACUACCAUUUUAGUAUCAAUGUAAAUUUACUUCAUUUCUUGUGCCACUUCUAUCUCCCGUUUGUAAAUAUGAGAAAGGCAUGUCCCCAAUAAUGAACCUGACUGCUUUUUGUCUCAGAAGGGUUAUUAGUACAAUUUGAGUUAUUUGAAUCUCUUUUACGUGUCACAUAAUUACAAUUUGAUAACAAAAAGUCAAUAUUUCCUCCACUGUAUCCCUCACUGAUGUUUUUACGGUGCCAAUGAAGUAUUGAAUGUUUUGACAAAAACAGGCCAUGUGUUCCAUUCAUCAACAUCGUGUCAGUUUAUAUGUAUUCACUAUCAGUAAUUCACUAUAUAACAUUCAAGUAAUCUUUUAACAACAUUCCUCGUGAACAAUUUCAAACUUGAAAAGGAGACACAAUGCAUCUUUUCAUUGGAAUGCCUAUCAAGGAUCUCUCGCUGUGUAUGUAUUUCUUUCGAGAUCCUGCAAAUGAAAAACAAUCUCCUGUUAUUUUUGUACCUGAAAUGCACCUCAGAACGGAGUGAAAAUGAAGUUGCACUUGUGCAGUCGUGUGUUUUGUACAUAUGUAUCUGUUAAUUGGCUCAGCAUCACGUCCGUACACUGAGCUCACUUGUUCUUUGUGCUUGCCAAUUCAUACUUCAAUA